AAUUUGAUUAGUUUUAAAUUCGAAUUAUUUUUAAUUUUGUUGACCGAACUUUUGUUACCUAAAUCCAUCGUCAAAAAUUUCAAAUGAGCUGAGUAACAAUCGAAAGCUCCCUCUGGCGAUUCCAUGUAAAAUCACGAUUUGCUCUAUCGUUCAGACUUCAGCGCGCGUGACGACGUAGCUUACAUAUUUGGAAUUUACUGAGCAUCGUCGUGUGCUUGUGUCAAGUUUUUGAAGGAUCGACGAGAGACUUCAAAUCGAGGUUAAAAGCUGCACGAUAUACAAACGCGCACGGGCUGAAUUGCGAGCAUACAUAAAUAAAUAAGCAAAUGUCAAAUUGAGCCUAGAGAAAUGAGUCCCAACGAUAAUGAUCUCGAAUGCACAAAUGUCGGCGGCGGUCACAGCGUGUUCAAGGAGUUCGACGAGAUCAAUCAUCUCAUUCAGCAGCUCCAAACACCAGAUUUACCGGCCAGGACGAUGGAGAAAAAUAUGGACCGAUUUUGUUUUAUUUUGAAACAGUAUCAGGAUCAACCGCAGCUGCUCGACCCUUACUUGGAGAGCUUUCUCUCGCCGUUGAUAGAAUUCGUACGCGAGAGAAGCGAGUCCGAGUCACUGAAGCAUUAUUUUUUCAAAUACAUUUACAUCAUCAUGAGUGUCAAGACUUACAAGAAAAUUGCAAUAUAUUUGCCACACGAAGUUACAGAUUUCAAUCCUGUUUUGGAGAUGCUCGAAAAACAGAAUAUGGACGACAAAGAAAACUGGCAAACGAGGUACGUGCUAUUGAUAUGGCUGUCCAUCAUUUCAAAGAUACCAUUUGCAAUGUCUAGGCUUGAAACUAGCGAAAUCAAACCAGAACAAACUGUCACUAUGAGGGUACUUGAUAUCUGUAAAAAGUAUUGCUCAUCCAAGGAUGCCUGCUCGAUUGCUGGAAUUUAUCUCUUAGCUAACUUCUUAACGAGAUCAGAUGUCAAAGAAAAGCAUUUGGAUGACAUGAUAAUGUGGAGUCUUAGUAAUUUUGAGAAAGAUAAAUUAAAUCAUAGACCCUUAGCUAUCAUAGCUUCAGUUAUAAAACAUAGCUGUAGAGAAGAUCUCGUACCAUAUACUCAAAUGAUAUUGGAUAAAAUUUCUGAAUGUAAGCUUAAUGAAAGCUCUGCUGACCUUGUGAGAAAAUUUUCUAUGAAAAUUAUCCAGAGAAUUGGCAUUACAUUACUCAAGUCAAACUUCAAACCAUGGAGGUAUAAGAAAGCUUCCAGAACUAUCAUGCUUACUCACAAUGUGGUUGAGUCCAGCAGUAAGGAACCAGUUAUUUUAGAACAAGAUUAUGAAGUAUCAGAAAGCGAAGAUCAAGAAGUCCCUCCAAUCAUGGAAGAUAUUUUGGAACAUCUUAUAAAAGGCUUACAAGAUAAAUCUAUGAUAAUCAGAUGGUCUGCUGCUAAGGGUAUUGGACGAAUUACGGCGCGUUUACCAAUAGAUUUAGCUGACGAUGUUCUUGGAUUUGUUUUGAAUUUAUUUUCAACUCGAGAUUCUGAAACAGCCUGGCAUGGAGGCUGCUUAGCUUUAGCAGAAUUAUGUAGAAGAGGUUUGAUUUUAUCUUACAGACUUGAAGAAAUAAUACCUCUAGUCAUACAGGCUCUGAUAUUUGAUGAACCUAGAGCUUAUGGUCCUGUGGGUUCUAUUAUUAGAGAUGCAGCAUGCUUUGUUUGUUGGUCAUUUGCUAGAGCUUUUGAACCCGAAGUUUUUCAACCCCACGUCAAAGAAAUAGCUCCAGCUCUUUUAGUGGUUACUUGCUUUGAUCGUGAAAUCAAUUGUCGUAGAGCAAGUUCUGCAGCUUUUCAAGAAAAUGUUGGUAGACAAGGAAAUUUCCCACAUGGAAUAGAUAUAAUUGCAGCUGCUGAUUAUUUUGAAGUUGGAGUUCGUAGUAAUGCUUAUCUUAAAAUUAGUGUACAUGUGGCUAAAUUCGAAGGAUAUUUUGAACCUCUGGUUAACCAUUUGAUUAAGAAAAAAGUUACUCAUUGGGAUGUAGCAAUAAGAGAACUCGCUGCUCAGGCUUUGCACAAUCUCACUGAUUUAGAUGCUAAUUACAUGAUCAAAAAUGUUUUUCCUAUACUUUUGGAAUACAUUGAUUCCAUAGACUUAUUUGUACGUCAUGGUGCUAUUCUAGCAAUUGCUGAGAUUUUGGUAGCUUUACAAAAGAAACUUAAUACUGAUAUAAGUAAUAUUAUCUCACCAGAACAACUCAACAAAAUCCAAAAUAUUGUUAAAACCUGUAAGAACCGUGGUCAACUUCGUGGUCUUGGUGGAGAAAUUAUCAAACAAGCAUGUGUCACGCUUAUAAAAAAGUUAGCCUCAGUACAUUGUCAUGUAAAUAUUAAAGAUCAUAUUGAUGAUUGGCAAAACUUACUGGAAGACUGUUUAAGUAAUGAACUCCCCACUGUGCGAACAAUGUCAGCUGAAGCACAUCAAGCUUUUCUGGAAGAAUAUUAUUUUACUUGGGAUGAGGAAGCUAGACACAUAAUCAUCAAUAGAUAUCUUUCUAAUCUUCAAUCUACUAAUCAGUUGAACAGAAUAGGCUUUUCUCAAGCAAUAGGAUAUUUUCCAGUAUCAGUAUUAACAGAAAAAGGAGCUGACAUAUUUUUAAAACUUAUGGAAUGCUGCUACAUAACAAGAGAAACAACUCUUUGGGCUGAAAGUAGAAAAGAAGCUAUAAAUUCUCUCAAAAAAAUUUGUGAUACAUUGGGACUAAAAUAUUCAGAGCAAUGGAAACCUUAUGUCUCAGAUUUAUACAAAUGUCUUUUUAAUGGGCUAAAAGAUUAUACAAAUGAUAGUCGUGGUGAUAUAGGAUCUUGGGUACGUGAGGCAACUAUUACUGCUAUAUUCAAUUUAACUAACUUGGUUCAUGAAGCUGGCUAUAAUGACAUACUAACUGAAAAUCUUAUGACAAAAGUAAUUGGUGGUAUAGCUCAGCAAGCAGUUGAAAGAAUUGAUAGAACCAGAGCUAAAGCUGGUACAUCUUUCAAUUCUUUAAUCCAUAGUCAACUUCCUAAUAUUCCAUAUCACCAUGAACUCAAAGUAUUAUUUUCUGGCAACAAUGAUGAUGGACAAUUUGUUGACUGGAAAUCAGAGAGUGAAACGUUUCCACUUUUUAUACAAAUGUUAUCUUAUCCACCAUAUGUGCAAGAUUUGCUCCGUGGAAUUAUUUUCAGUGUUGGUGGCUUAUCAGAAUCUUUAGUAAAACAUUCAAGUUUAUCAUUAUUUUCAUACUUACAGCAAUUAGAUAAAAAAACUUUAUUGUCACUGUGUCAAGAAAUAUGUAAUAUUUUUGAAGAUUGUCAUGGUGAUGAUCGCAUGAUUUCAGCUAGUUUAGCUUUCUUAGAUAGACUUUUCAGUUCUGGAUGCAUACAAAAUAUCAUUGAUGACCCAGAAAAUGAAAUGCCGAGAAGAAUACUAACUUUACUAAAACAAGAGAGUAAAUCCAUUAAUGCAACACAAAGUCAGUUGAACAGUGUGAAAAUAUUUUGUCAUUUAUUACAAGUCAAAGGACCAAUUGGUAAAGGUGCUUUUUCACAAUUGAGCAUUUAUUUAUGUCAUAAAUUCAAGUUUGUAAGAAAAGCAACUGCAAGCAGAUUAUAUGAAUCUUUAACAUUAUUUGGAGAUGACAUAGAUGUUGAAGAGGACGAAUUGCUUGAAUUAUUAAACAAAUUGAACACUGUGGACUGGGAAAAACCUGUUGAAGAGCUCAGACCAAUUAGAAAUCAACUUUGUGAUAUUAUGAAAUGUCCCAUACCAAUUAUGAGGCACAAACCUAAGUAAAUUAAUUACUGAAAAAAACGAAUGAAUUCAGUAUGUGUAUGCUUUAUUGAUUUAACAAUCUGUUUUCUUAUACUGCUAUUAUCCAUUUUAACAUGUAGCCCUAAGUUUUGUGAAAUAUUUUUCGAUCUUGUUAAUAUUUCAAAAAUUAUGCAUUUAAUGGAGCAAUUUUAUGUGCAUAGAUAUAAAAGUUUGUUGAAUCUAUAAAUUAAAAAUUGUAAAAUAAUUGUAUUCUGCACAAAUUAUUAUACUUGGAAAAUGAGAAAUUCUAUGUAGUCUAGAGUACAAAUGAACAGAUGAAUAAUUAUUUUUCCACAAGAGAAACUGUAUGCAUUCAUUAAAAUACUGAAUGAAGAAGCUUAACAUGUACAUCAAAAUCAAUUUUAUAUCAUUAAAACUUUCAUGUACUCACUAAAACUUCAAAUAAUAUGUAUAAAUAUUAUAUCACACA